CGCACUAGGAAAACAGCUGUGGACGAGCUAACGGCUAGUUAGCAUCGUUUGUUUUUGUCGUGUGUGUCAGCGAUUCGAGCAGUUCCUUGAGCAAAGCCCGCUAUCGGACAACCUCGGAGUGACCGACUUGUUGUCUGUCAUCUCUCUUAACAAUGAAGUUUCAGUACAAAGAAGAGCACCCUUUUGAGAAAAGGCGGUCCGAAGGCGAGAAAAUAAGGAAGAAGUAUCCGGACAGGGUACCUGUAAUUGUGGAGAAAGCCCCCAAAGCCAGAAUAGGAGAUCUGGACAAGAAGAAAUACCUUGUCCCCUCCGACCUGACAGUGGGCCAGUUUUACUUCCUCAUCCGGAAAAGAAUCCACUUGCGAGCUGAGGAUGCGCUCUUCUUCUUUGUAAACAACGUCAUUCCACCCACCUCAGCUACCAUGGGACUGUUGUACCAGGAGCAUCACGAAGAGGACUUUUUCCUCUACAUUGCCUACAGUGAUGAGAGUGUGUACGGGAGCAGCCAAAGGGAAAUAUGAUCCCACUACCAUCCUCCUCCAACCACUACCCACCUUUCUGAGACCUCCUCCACCAUUCAUUCAUUUAAAUAUUAAAUCCAGCUCAGCAGCCUAGAGUUCCCAGAGUAAAUAUGUCAAAUGCACUUUCACCACCCAUUCAUUACCCCCUCUCCCAUCCAUUUCUGUCUUUAUUAUUCUGCAGUCUGAAUUGUAUUUGCCUCCGGUUUUCUUUUCGGUAGCGACUUGGGUUAAAUGGUCUCGUGGCCAGUUUUCUUUCUAGCGUCGUAAUGAUCAUACCUUACUGAAAAACUGAGUAAGCAUCACGAAAUAAUGUUAGAGCUAGGCCGUAAAUAUAGUCACCCCGGGGUUAAGGGAAGAAAGGCGUAGUAUGUGAGUUCAAAUCAGCUCUUAUCGACAAUGAAGUUAGCUCAUUGUUCGUCCACUCUGUUGGCUUGUAGGAGUGUAAAGCGUGUUAUGAUUUUAGGUUAGGAAAUGAAUAAUAUCUACCAGCUGAAGGCAGGUUAUUUGUCUCUGGCGGAGUGAAGGAUAACUGUUUUGCAGCAGUUGUUUCCCGAGAUACAAGUGGUUAGGGAGUUUUAAAAAAUUCACCAGCCGCUGAAGUCUGAACGAGGAUCUAGUUGGCUGCCCCGCAUCUGACCUUAGGAAGGAGCAUAAUAGAAUUCAGACUAAACAAUCAUCCUCCGCUUUCAGUGGUAAGACUAUUACGUUGACUGCUACUAUGAUUAUUGUUGUUGUUGUUAUUGUUAAUUUUAGAUGGCUUACUUUCUAAAAAGGUAUUGUAAAGCUGAGUGCAAUUUUCUUUUUUUUUUUAAGUUUGUCUCCUUUUUUUAAAAAAAAAAUAAGGUUUGAACUCUGUAUACAGCUGCAUUACUGGCUCUUUCUCUCCACUCAUGACCAUACAUGAUAAAAUGUGAUGAAAAGCUAA